UACGCCCAACCUCGCCCAGCCUCGCGGCAGCAAUACAAGGGCUUCCCGCCAGCAUCAUGCGCGGCCCCGAGCUCCCACUGGUCCUGUUGGCGCUGGUCCUCUGCCAGGCGCCCCUGGGGCCAGCAGCCCCGGCGCCGGUGGGCGGAGGGACAGUGCUGGCCAAGAUGUACCCGCGCGGCAAUCACUGGGCGGUGGGACACUUAAUGGGGAAAAAGAGCACAGGAGAGUCCCCCUACUUGCCCCAGGAAGAUGGUCUGAAGCAGCACCUGAGGGGGUAUGUGCUGUGGGAAGAGGCUGCAAGGAAUUUGCUGGGCCUCAUACAGGCUGAGGGGGACAGAAGCCAUCAGCCACCUCAACUCAAGCCCCUGGGCAAUCGCCAAGCCACUUGGGAUUCAAAGGAGAGCAGCGACUUUAAAGAUGUAGGCGGCAGACCCUCUGCUCCAGCUGCUCCAGGGGAAGGAAGGGACUCCCAGCUGAGGAACAGUGACCAUGGCCUCAGAGGAGCAAAACAAAGCCCUUAAGAGACUGCCUUCCGCAACAUCGCCUCUGCUGGAUCAGCGCGAUUUCCUUUGUGCAGAAUACCUAACUAUUCUUGUAUCUUUCAACCUUGACUAAGUCCAUGGUUUUCAAGCAGCAUCUUCCGGUUCGAACUUGUUUGCUGUGAACAAUUGUCCAAAAUGAGUCUUCCAACGAAGCGCUUGCCAUCUUGGCUCUUUGUCCAUUAGG